ACCUCUGCUUCCAAACCUCCAUUUUUUUCGUUUCUUCAGCGGGCGAAACGACAUCGUUCGGAUUCUCCCGUUUGAUCUCAUGCUGAAAGCAGCAUCGUUCAUGGUGCCAAAACCAUUCUAUUCGUUCAUUGCAUUGUCACAGAAGCUCGGAGAAAGGACUUCUCGGAAACCCCAGAUCAAAUCCUCCUCCCAAGUACACGAUUUUCCUUUGUCAAUUUCCAUAGAUUGGAUUCUAUUUAUUUCUCAAUAUUUAUCUGCAUUUUAUCCGUAGAUCGGGCCCAAGAAACAACCGAAUCAAUCCACAUAGAGAAAAACCCCAAAUCCAAAUAUGUCUGCGCUUUUCAAUUUCCAUUCGUUUCUCACAGUGGUGCUGCUUCUCAUAUGUACAUGCACUUUCUUGAAGAUGCAGUUCCCCACUUUCCUUGAGCAAAAAACUGGGUUUCGCGGUUUCUUUUGGAAAGCAGCUAGAGUAGGUGAACGUUUGAGCCCUUGGGUGGCUGCGGGAAGCUUUGCGAUGGGAGUUUCAAUCAUUUUCUUCUAAGACAUGGCGAUUUUUGUUGUAUACUGGUAGCCCGAUUUUCUUGAUUCAUACCUGUAAUUGCCCAACCCAUUAGAUCCAAAUGCUGAUGUUGGUUGGUUGGUCUAUGAUAUAAAAUGAUCCUCUUAAGCUUCAUCUGUAACAGGUUGCAUGGUUUAUUAAUAAUAUCUUAAUCUUAUGUCAUUUCAG